AUGAUGUCUCAAAAGUCUACUUGCCCAGUUCUACCGUCCCUACUUUCCGUUCCCUGCCAUGCAGCGUGGGCCUCUCUGGCAGCAGAUCAGUUUGCCGCCCGCCCACAUUUGAAUUUGGACGCAUCUCAAAAGUCUACUCUCGCAUCCUUGUCUGUAUGCCCUAUGUUCCGUUCCUUUGCAUGCAGCAUGGGCAUCAUUGGCAGCAGAUCAGUUUGCCGCCCACAUUCUCACCAUCCCACUGCUGACGUGGCGCCUGCCAUCCCCCCUCCUCCCUGCCCUGCGCCAUCUGUCAGCUCUCCAGCCCUGCCUUAUCUCCUGCCUGGUACGAUCAUUCUCUCUUCUCUUCCUUUCUACCUCAACUUAACUUCUGGCCUUGCCCACUAUGCCUCUCUUUCCCCUCCUCCCUUCCCUGCGCUAUCUGUCAGCGCUCCAACCGUGCCUUAUCUCCUGCCUGGUACGACCCUUCUCUCCUCUCCUCUUUUCUACAUGAACCUUCGGCCUUGCCCACUAAAUCUCUUUCUCCCCUCCUCCCUUCCCUGCGCUAUCUGUCACCGCUCCUACCGUGCCUCCUCUCCUGCCUGGUACGAAUCGUUCUUCCAAGCCAUCUACGAUAAUGCACCUGUCUGCCUGCCAGAAUCGUUUACCUUCUCCAUUAAACAACCCCGUCCGUCUCUCCUCCUCCCUGCCUUGCGCCAUCUGUCAGUGCUCCAGCCGUGCCUCCUCACCUAUCUGCGCCAGGCUCCUUCCCCCCACCCCUCGCCACCAGACCCAUACCACCGGCUCACCUCCCAUCUCCCCCCUCCCGCCUGGGCUCUAGCAAACGUCUCUGCUCUCGCCACCGCCCCCCCUUCCCUCUCCUCCUCCCCCUCUCCAUCCUCCUCCCCUUCCCCCUCUCCACCCUCUCCUCCUCCUCCUCCCUCUCCCUCACUCUCCUCUGAGCUGUUCCUACCCGGUCUGGACUUGCCACUCUAUGUCCACGCCCUCUGCGCCCUAGCUGCUGCUGUGAUAGCCCAUGAGGAGAAAGAGCGGUGGCACGUGCUGAGGGUCCUAGAAGAAGCCCUUAAAGCCGAAAAAAGUGCGGAAAAGGCAGCAGAAUCGGGAGGGAAACCUGCUGCAGUAGCAGCAUCAGGAUCAGCAGCAGCAGGAGCAGGAGGAGGAGGAGCAGCAGGGCGGCAGCAGCUAGACAUGGGCGAUUUCGGCCGCCUCUACUCGCUCCUCCUCACGCUCUUCUCCUCGGUGCAUGCGUCCUCAGGGCGGGUGCUCCCUCUCCUCAACGUCCUCGCCUUCACUCGCGAGGUUCUCACAGGGCUGUGGCACUGGCUGGUGGCUCACUGCCGUAUCUCUAUUUCUCAGGCGUAUGCGGAGAGUGAGGGGAUGCAGAGUGGUUUGCAAGGGGUACAGAGUGGUUCCAAGGGAAUACAGGCGGCUGCUGCUGGCGGUGCUGGUGCUACUCGUUCUGCUGCUGCUGGUACUGGUGGUGGUGGUUCUGGUACUGCUGGUGGUGGUUCUGCUGCUGGUGCUGGUGGUGGUGGUGGGAGGGCAAGAGAGGGAUCUAGCAGGAGGGGAAACAGAGGGAGGAGGGAAGGGAGCAGGCAAGGGGGAGGGGGAGGGGGAGUGGCUGGUUCGUUUCAGCUGCCCCAGUUUUCGGGCAGCUGGUUUCCAAGGUCGUUUUUGGACGGGUAUGGGGGAGGUGGGGAGGGAGGGGAGGAAAGGGCGGAGGAGGAGGAUGAGUGGGGGAACCCACAUGGAGGAGGAGGUGGAAGAGGUGGAAGGGGAGGAGAAGGGGUAGGAAGAGAUAGAACGGGCGUUGACCACAUGCAGACAGAUUCUGCCGGCCAGGGAAGGCCGCCCGGGAGUGCGGGUGAUGAUGAUGCUGCGCUGGCUGCAUUCAUUGGUGGGCGGCAGGCUGGUCAAUCAAGUCAACCAGGGUCAACGGCAGCACAGCAGUGGUCCACCUUUCUCUCCUCCACGUUCCAGAGACGCGCAGCAGAGGCACAGAGAGGGCGCAGAGGAAGAGGAGGGGGAGAGGGAGGCGGGAGGACGUUUUGGGAGACCCAGACAGGUGACUAUAUGGAAGAGGAUAUUGACGAGGGGGAAGAGGAAGGAGGAGAGGAGGGGGGAGUGGGAGCGGGAACUGGGGGAUUCGAGGGAAGAGAGGGGGGAGAGGGAGGAGGAGAGCGGUGGGAUGUGGAGAGUAUGAAGAAGGGGGUGGCAGGGGUGGCGGCUGACGUGGCAGUGGUAAUGACGGUGUUCUGCAGGGCGUAUGCCCACCUGCUGCUCGUGCUGGAUGAUGAGGAGUUCUACCAGAGACAGCAACCUAGUCUACAGCACCCUCAUCUCCUCCCACUUGUCUGCCUGCCCCUGCCCCUCUUCCCUCCGUAUCCCUCCUCUUCCUUGUCCCGUGUUCCCCUCUUCCCUCAGAUCCCCUUCUCUCUUUCCGAGCAAAGAGUCAUCGCAGCAACACUCAACACUCUCGUUUACAACACACUCAUCUCCUCCCCCUCCUCCUCCUCCCCGUCCCCCUCCUCUUCCUCAUCCGCCUCCGCCUCUUCCCCGCUCACCCCUUCGCAAUCCACGCUACUAGAAGCAGCCACGCGCUGCCUCCUCCCUCUGCACGACCGCGACUGUAGACGAGCCUUCUGUGAGCCUUCGCUCUGGCUGGCCCCUGCUGACCGCCGCCCACCACCUGUCAUCUCUGCAGCAGGUACAUACGAGCCCAAUUAUGGAGUUUUUGAGAAUUCUCAAAAACUCCCUGAGCUCAUUGCUCCCCGUCUUCUCUUCCGUUCCGACUCUCUUCCUUCCCCUGCUGUUCCCACCGCUGCAGGCACAGCCAGACACCAUGGGGUGUGGGGCGAGGAGGGGAGGGGGAAUGGGGGGAAUGAUGGAUGGAGGGAACGUUGGCGGACAAGGGUGCACAUAUUCCGCGAGCUCAUUCAAGCGGACAAGGCGCGGCAUGGAUUAGGGGCUACCCCCAGGAUGGGCACGGUGCGGCCUGUGGUGGACGUCCCGGUGCACAUAUUCAGGGAGCUUCUUCAGGCGGACAAGGUGCGGCAUGGACUAGGGGUUACCCCCGGGAUGGGCAUGGUGCGGCCCGUGGUGGACAUGUCCGUGCGGCGCGACCCGCUCUGCUCGUGGAAGCUUAUGCAAGCAGACGAGGAGAGGCACGGGGUUGUGUACAUAUUCCGGGAGCUGAUUCAAGCAGACAAGGCGCGGCAUGGACUAGGGGCUACCCCUGGCAUGGGUAUGGUGCGGCCCGUGGUGGACGUGUCAGUGCGGCGGGAUUUGCUAGUUGAGGAUGCGUUCGUGCGCCUCAACCAACUCGGACCGAUGCUCAAGGUAUCACUGAGAGGAAGCCGCUUUGGGAGUGACAAGGUGUGGCAUGGGAUGGGCAUGGUGUGGCCUGUGGUGGACGUGUCCGUGCGGCGGGACUUACUGGUGGAAGACGCGUGGGCGUGUGACGAGGUGACUUUUGAGUCGACUCAAAAGCUUCUGAGGGUUACCCAUGCAUGCAACAGGUGGGCAUGUGACGUGUCGGUGCGGCGUCACCUGCUGGCGGAGGAUGCCUUAGUGCGCCUCAACCAGCUGUGGCCCGUGGUUAAGGAGAUAGGAAUGGACCAGGGCGGACCCUCCAUUGCUCCCUCCUCCUGCUGCGCUUCCCACCUUUCCACUUCUCUCCUCUCUCGCGCUCUUGACCUACUCCACUCACACACCUCACAGGGACGUGUGCGUGUCUCAUUUGUGAAUGCGUUUGGAGCGGAGGAGAUAGGAAUGGACCAGGGCGGACUCUUCAAAGAGUUCCUCACUGACCUUGCUAAGGCAGCCUUUGACCCGGGGUACGUGGCACUAGGGGUUAAUGGCGCCUGGGACAGGUGGUGGCGCCUGGGACAGGUGGUGGCGCCUGGGACAGGUGGUGCAUGUGACGUCGAGAUAGGAAUGGACCAGAGCGGACUCUUUAAAGAGUUUUUCAUUGACCUUGCUAAAGCAGCCUUCGACCGGGGGGCAGCAACAGAAGAGGGUUACCUCUACCCGCACCCGGCUGCAGCAGCGCUGGGCCACAGCAUUCCCAUGGUGGAGUUUCUCGGCCGCAUCGUGUUGGAGUUUAGCUACGGCCUGUUCCUCCAGGCGGCCACAGAAGAGGGUUACCUGUAUCCACACCCGGCAGCAGCGGCGCUGGGCCACGGCAUUCCCAUGGUGGAGUUUCUCGGCCGCAUCGUGGGCAAGGCUCUCUACGAGGGGAUUCUGCUUGAGAGGAGAUAUUCGUUCCUGGACAAGCUCUCUUCAUUGGAUAAGGAGCUGUAUCGCAACCUCAUGUGCCUGAAGCACUAUGAAGGCGAUGCCUCUGAAUUGGCUCUGGACUUCACGGUAACAGAGGAGGUGUUGGGAGAGCACAAUAUUGUGGAGCUGCGGCCGGGCGGCAGUCACAUCGCCCACUAUGAAGGGGACGCCUCUGAACUUUCUCUGGACUUCACUGUGACAGAGGAAGUGCUGGUUGGGAGAGCACAAUAUUGUGGAGCUGCGGCCGGGCGGCAGUCACAUCGCGGUGACCAAUGCACCAUCCCUUUCCCCUUACCCCCCUGUCUCUUCCCACAGCACUACGAGGGGGAUGCAUCAGAACUGGCAUUGGACUUCACAGUGACUGAAGAAGUGCUGCGAGAGCACAAUAUUGUGGAGCUGCGGCCGUCAACCCUUGUCUACUCGCCCUCUGUUCUCCCGCUCCCCUGCUUACAUCUUGCCAUUCCUCAGCACUAUGAGGGGGAUGCCUCUGAACUGGCAUUGGACUUCACAGUGACUGAGGAGGUGCUGGGCGAGCACAAUAUCGUGGAGCUGCGGCCGGGCGGCAGCCACAUCGCAGUGACCAAUGAGAACAAGCUGCAGUAUAUCCAUGCUGUGGCUGAUUACAAGCUCAACCGUGAAAGCAGCAGUGUCCAGGUGGUUGCAGAAGUGACCAAUGAGAACAAGUUGCAGUAUAUCCACGCUGUUGCUGAUUACAAGCUCAACCGUCAGGUGAGACUUCAGGUGAAAGCAGCAGUGAUCAAUGAGAACAAGCUGCAGUACAUCCACUCCGUGGCGGAUUACAAGCUCAACCGUCAGAUGGCAGCAGUGGUAGCAGCAUUCCUAAGGGGCCUCUCAGAUCUGAUUCAGCCCGAGUGGCUGCGGCUGUUCAGUCCAAAGGAGUUCAACCAGCUCCUGUCAAGAGGAGAGCAGGACGAUUAUGUUGAGGAUCUCAAGGCGGUAUAUCCAAGCCUGGAGCCCAACGUGUCUGCUCUCUGCUGUGUGUGCUUCUGUGAUGUUCUGCUAUCAGGCGAGGAGCAGGACGUGGACGUGGAGGAUCUCAGGGCACACACGCAAUCCUGGGGGGGGACACGGAGCCCUGCCGUCAAGUGGAGAGCAGGACGUGGACGUGGAGGAUCUCAGGGCACUGCUGUCUACACUGCAAGCUCUCUAAGUCUCGAGCCCAAUACAUGCAUUUGUCUACUCUGCCUGUCUCUAUGUGCUUGCUUGCAGCUGCUGUCGGGAGGAGAGCAGGACGUGGACGUGGAGGAUCUCAAGGCACACACGCGGUACUCUGGGGGAUACACGGAGAGCGACCGAACCAUCAGGAUGUUCUGGGAGGUGGUGAAGGAGCUAUCAAGGGAGGAGAAGAGCCAGCUGCUCAGAUUCGUCACCAGCUGCUCACAUGAAUCCUCCUUUCCUCUCUCGCCUUGCUUCCCUCUCCCAUUCCCAUGCCACUGUCUCAUCGUAUAA